GCAGUUGGAAUUUUGCUUGAGUAAAAAUCUUCAUAAUUUUAUCCAUUUUCGUCUCAUUUGAGGCAUUAUUGGAGUAUUAAAAGUAUUUUCAAGUGAUCGGCAAUCGACGGUUCUCAUUUUAAACUUAUAUUAAGCCAUCUAAAGUGUGUUUGUUAUGAGGAAAAGGGGAGGCUACCGUCGCAGCCGCAGCCGAAGCCCCCGCCGCGGAGGGGGCUCACAGAAGCAGCGGUAUGAUAUCAGCAAAGGCCAACUGAUGCUUAAGCCAGUCAACUGGAACCACUAUAAGUUGGAACCUGUGACGCGAUUGAGCUACCGUCCGAAAGUCGAUUACAGACGCUCCGAACGAGAGAUUUCCGAGUGGAAAAAGUCCAAGGAAAUCACUAUUAAGGGACGAGAAACUCCGGAUCCGGCGCUGACAUUUGAGGAGGUAGGAUUCCCUUCGGAAAUUGCGGAUGAAUGGCGUUUUGCGGGAUUUACUACUCCCACCCCGAUUCAAGCGCAAGGCUGGCCGAUCGCACUUUCCGGCAGGGAUAUGGUCGGCAUAGCGAAGACCGGUUCCGGCAAAACGCUUUCAUAUCUUCUGCCGGCUUUGAUGCAUAUUGAUAAGCAGACGAGACUUCGUCGGGGAGAUGGACCGAUUGCAUUGAUUUUGGCACCGACUCGGGAACUGGCCCAGCAAAUCAAACAAGUUACGGAUGAUUUUGGGCGCGCUAUGAAAAUCAAGAAUACCUGUCUGUUUGGUGGUGGUGGCAAGCGACAACAGAGUGGCGAUCUGGAAUACGGUGUCGAGAUAGUUAUUGCCACUCCAGGGAGGUUGAUUGAUUUUCUGUCUACUAAUCAUACCAAUCUUCGACGUUGCUCGUAUUUGGUAUUGGAUGAGGCGGAUCGUAUGCUGGACAUGGGUUUCGAACCGCAGAUUCGAACAAUUAUUGAACAGAUUAGGCCGGACCAUCAGACCAUGAUGUGGUCUGCCACAUGGCCCGAUGCCGUUGCCCGUUUGGUGAAGGAUUAUCUCAAGGACUACAUUCAGAUCAAUGUAGGUUCACUUAAGCUAGCAGCCAACCAUAACAUUCUGCAGAUCAUUGACGUCUGUCAGGAGUUCGAGAAGGAAGCAAAGCUGAGCAUUCUGUUGCGUGAGAUUAUGGCCGAGAAGGAGUGCAAGACGAUAAUCUUCAUCGAGACGAAGAAACGUGUCGAUGACAUUACCCGUAAAGUGAUCCGCGACGGAUGGCCAGCGAUGUGCAUUCACGGCGAUAAGUCACAGAGGGACCGUGAAUCUACUCUGAAUUCAUUCCGUACAGGAAAGACUCCAAUUCUGAUUGCUACCGAUGUUGCAGCCAGAGGAUUGGAUGUGGACGACGUAAAGUUUGUUAUCAACUUUGAUUAUCCCACUACGUCUGAAGAUUACAUUCACCGUAUUGGGCGCACUGGCAGAUCGAACAACACCGGAACGGCUUACACUUUUUUUACUCCGGACAACGCUGGAAGGGCUCGCGAACUGAUUGACGUGCUGAAGGAGGCAAAACAGGUCAUCAACCCCAAAUUAAUGGAUUUGACGAACAUGCGCGUCAAGGGAAGAGGCAAACGCAACCACAUGAACUCGCGCUAUCCUCGGGAACGUCGAUCCCGUUCCUUCGACCGGCGAGGCACCUUCAGACGUGGUUCAUAUUCCCGUUCCCGUUCUCGCUCUCGUUCCCGAUCCCGUUCCCGUUCGGUGUCGCCUCGAUUCUCCAAGCGGGACGUGUACCGUCCGGUAAAGCGCAGCGCGUCCCGUGACAGUCGCAGCGACACUAGCAGCCGUAGCGACAAUCGUGCAAAAAAGAGCUCCCGCAGAGUUAGUCGUUCGGCUAGCAGAUCGCCACCGCCGGCACGUAGCAAUGCAGGAAAAGCAGGCAGCGCUGGCGACAGGAAACGCAACGGCAAAAGUAAAUCACCGAGCACCCGUCGGUACCGGAGCCGUAGCCACAGCCGCAGCCAUAGCCGCAGUCGCAGCCGCGAGGGAAGAUUCCGCUCGACAAAGAACGGCACCACCACCAACGGCUCCACCUACGACCGUGACCGGUAUUAAAACUGACCGAUGAACGUGUUUUUACCCAACUCAGUAUAUCCGGCACAGAAGUAAUCUUUUCAUAUGCCUAUUAUGAUCAAAACCGCCAGCAGUGUAGAACAAUCCAUAAAUUAUUUUUACUAUACUGUACUUCCCUAUUAGGUAGUAGAAGCACCGACGAACCGACAUGCCACAGGAGCAUUUCGUUUGUCCACAAUUCUAA